AUGAGGGCGAUGAGAUCGCCGAUGGGGGCGCCGACGCGUGCGACGCCCCGACCGCGCGCGCACGUGCGCCGGGUCGCCCCCGCCGGCGCCGACGGCGGCGAAUCCGCUCCGGCGGUACGAUCGCACAAGGUUCGCUGGGAGGAGAAGUACGCCGAGCUCGCCGCGUUCGUGCGCGAGCACGGGCACGCGUCCGUGCCCCCGAGGGACAGAUGGAUCGACCUCAACAAGUGGGUCGUGUACCAGCGUAAACGACGGCGGCAGGGGAUCAUGUCGUCGGAGCAGGAGACGGCGCUGGACGAGCUCGGGGUGUGCUGGGAACCCCGGACCCCGCGACCGGACCGCCGCGGGAUGGAAGACCGAUGGCGGGAGAAGUUCGAAGAGCUUAGCUCAUUCGUCGAGACCAACGGCCACACCCGCGUGCCCAGCGGCUACACCAAGCUGCACAGGUGGCUCCACGAGCAGCGACGCAGCUUCGCCAAGGGUAAGCUGCGAGAGCCGCGUCGGCGGCGGCUGGAAGGUCUCGGCGUGGACCUGAAGUCCGAGUCGAGGAUGAGCUGGGAGGAACGGGUUGAAGAGCUUAAGGAGUUUCGGUCCGAGCACGGGCACUGCAACGUCCCGGCGACUUGGAGGCACAAUCCGUCCUUGGGCGGCUGGGUCAAGCACCAGCGAAUGCAGUUCCGCGCCGAUAAGUUGAAUGCCGAGAGGAAGCGGACGCUGGACGCGCUCGGGUUCAACUGGGAUCCGAAGAAGAAGGACUCGAGGGCGACUGGCUCGAGAUCAUUCCACGUCCGAGAGAAUGUGUCGCCCUGGGCGCUCGUCAACGCAGCGAGGAGUCGGGGUGUCGGCGGCGACCUCGCGCAGGAGAUGGAUACGGUCGGGAAGGGGGCGCGGGUGAGCGUCAUGUGGAUGGGUGAGCCGGACGAGGCGGACGAGGAGGAGAUGGAGAAGGAGGAUGGCAAGGUUCCCGUCGUGGGCGGCUGGGGCAGGAGCUCAGCUACGUACGAGGAAAAGCAGCAUUUCGUGUUUAGGCACAUCGAGGACUGGUGGAAAGGGGACGAUGAAUGCGGUGAGGGCUGGGCUGAGGCUCGCGGAUUGGUCAGGGACAUGCGCUAUAACUAUGCGGUGCAGGCAAAGAAGAGGCGCAUCAAGCCGGAUAUUGUCAUUGAGAUGGAGCAGGACGGGGGCACCAUAUGGGGCCUGGUAAUCGAGGUUGACGAGUUCGCGCAUCGCAGGGGUAAGCACUACAGCUGGCGCGCGGAGGAGAAGCGCAUGCAGGAGCUGCAGACGACCCUCGGCGUGAAGCUGAAGAUCGUUCGCUUCAACCCGGAUCCAACCGGCAGUUUCCCGAUAGGCCUGGAGGAACGAACUUGCAUGCUGCUGGAGCACGUGGUGCAGAGCAUGCAGUCCGCGCCCGUCAGGGACCUCGAGGUCGAGUACUUCCUAUACGACUAA